GAGAACCUGUGCUUUGGGCGCAUGCGCCGUUCCACAGGCCUGAGGAGAGCCGUCCGUGAGGCACCGCUGCCGCCGCCGCCACCGCCAUCAUGAGCACGACGUUGGCCAAGAUCGCCGAGAUAGAGGCCGAGGUAACCCAACCAGCGGCGACUGAAAGGCCUCGGCUCUCCCUGUGGGGCCCUAACCAGCGGCUCCGCCCCGCCCAACUGGGCAGUGGAGGAGUCGUGGGCGCGGCUCAGUAGAGCCUCCGUACACUGCGGCAGUCUAUCUGCUGGGGGUCAACAAUGCGGGAGGCUGGUAGAAGCUUGCUGGACUGAGGUCGAAUAGUAUUCACUACCCCCAUCCUGGUGCUUUCCAGAUGUUCCUGGAGUGCAGCUCCCAUCCUUAUCGCUGAGCAUUGCCGUGUUGGCUGAUGGGAUUCGGAGUCCCCAGCAGUACCUGGGAGACACCAUGUUGGGCAAGGCUGGAGCCCAGGGGAGGGAGAUACAGUGGUACCUCGGGUUAAGUACAGUGGUACCUCGGGUUACAUAAGCUUCAGGUUACAUACGCUUCAGGUUACAGACUCCACUAAUCCAGAAAUAGUACCUCAGGUUAAGAACUUUGCUUCAGGAUGAGAACAGAAAUCGUGCUCCGGUGGCGCGGCAGCAGCAGGUGGCCCCAUUAGCUAAAAUGGUGCUUCAGGUUGAGAACAGGUUGAGAACUUAACCCGAGGUACCACUGUACUUAAUUCGUUCUGGAGGCCCGUUCUUAACCUGAAACUGUUCUCAACCUGAAGCACCACUUUAGCUAAUGGGGCCUCCUGCUGCUGCCGGAGCCCGAUUUCUGUUCUCAUCCUGAAGCAAAGUUCUUAACCUGAAGCACUAUUUCUGGGUUAGCGGAGUCUGUAACCUGAAGCAUAUGUAACCUGAAGCGUAUGUAACCCGAGGUACCACUGUACUUAUUUUUUGUGUGUGUGAGCCCCCCCCGCCCCGCCCCCCGCUUUCCACCAUUGUAUCUGCUUAUUUAUGCUCUGAGACUCCUUGGGCCCUGCUCAAGGGUAUGUAAAAUUAAUAAAUAAAUAGGAAUAAAGAGCACUGGCCCUGCCUGGUGCUAAGGGUUGCUGAAUGAAGUUGGAGGCUGGUGGGCUUGUGUCUUCUGAGCACAGUGCAGACAGGCCUCCUUGCCCCAAUAAAAAAACGGAUAGCUGUGACUUAUGUGGCUUGUGAAGAGCCAUUGCUGGAUGGAGCCCGUUGGAGUUGCAGCACCAGGUUGGCUCAGUGUUUUUCAAACUUGGGUCUCCAGCUGCUGUUGCACUACAACUCCCAUCAUCCCUAGGUAGCAGGACCAGCAGUCAGGGAUGAUGGGAACUGUAGUUCAACAACACCUGGGGACCAAAGUUUGAGAAACACUGGGCCAUAGACAGACCCAAGGAGGAGACAGCAGAGGAGGGAUCUCUCCCAGCUAUAGGCUGCAACCACUAGUAGUUAAGGCUGAAAGUGUGCAGCUCACACAGUGUCACCCAAGAAGCUUCAUGGCCGAGCCAGGAUUUGAACCUGGAUCAUCCUAGUUCUAGUCCAAUCCUCAGGAAAACAAUAAUUGUCUGAAAAGUGGGAUAAAAGUGCAGUGAAUAAACAUUUGACCCCUGUCUUCCACAACACUGUUGGGGUUGAGCUCUGAUUCAAGUUAAGCCUUGAAAAGUGCCACCCCUUCUUCUGCUUUUGUCCGAGUUUCCUACAGAGUAGAAACAACCCUCUGUAGCUCUUCUGAUGGGACAGAUACUCUUCCUGUCUCCCUUGCAUGACUUGCAGACAACUCCUCACUCCUUUAAAUCUCUUCUGUGGCAGUGAAGAGUGAGUGACCUGUGCCCUUCAAUGUAAUAUGCAAAACCUUGGAACAAGGUUGGUGUCACCAAUCUUUCCCAUGAAAGUUCUGGGCUCGUGCAGCCCUCCUUGAUCUUUGUCUUCUCCCCACUCCACAGAUGGCCCGCACGCAGAAGAAUAAGGCCACAGCUCACCAUCUGGGGCUGUUGAAGGCACGUCUGGCCAAACUGCGCCGAGAGCUCAUCACCCCGAAGGGAGGUGGAGGGGGUGGUCCAGGAGAAGGUAUGUACAGUAUUCCAAAAGGAUGGAAAUGAGUGGCUCAAUCCUCAAGUUGAAGUUUGGAGAUGGAGCUGUUUUCCUCUCGUUAGCAGAAAUAAGAAUAUACAAAAUACACCAAAAAUAUGUGCACUUGCUUUGGAAAUUAUACAGAAUUUUAAGAUGCUGACUGUAAACUGCUGAGGUAGUGACUAGGAAGGGUAGUGACUGGUUUGAGUACUUCUCCCUACUGUCCCCCCAUGCAUGUUUAUUCAGAUGUUGAACACCUGAAGGUGGCUUAUAGUUCAGAAUUAUAUGUACACUUGAUGUCAUGUGCUUUUUCUCCCCUCUCCUCCUCUGGUAAUGUAAUACAGAUUUUGCUUCAGUUUUUAGUUGGCCACAGUUGUACACUGCGUCUGAACCCUAAACCAAACAUAACUGUGUGUGAAUCCUAAACAUAGUUAGUCUUAACUAUGGAUCACUGUUGAAGUCUUCAUAAACCAUAAUUGGCUUGUUUCAGUAAACUGUUGCUGAAAGUAACCCCAGUUUGGACAUAAGACUAAACUUCAGUUUGUUAAAAACAGAAGCAAAUGUUUCUGAUCUCCUUGCAUUCAUAUUUUAUCAGGAGUUGGGCUGGUGGAAAGUUGCAGGGAUUUAAAGUCUUCUCACGUAAUGCUAAACCAUAUGCCAGUGUAGCAUCUGAUUGGGACCUGUAUUUAUUAUGGAUGAGCAAGACUUUGUUUUGUUUUGUUUUUAAAUGAUAUUUAUUAGAGUUUCCAAUAAAAAGAACACAUCAGUAAAAAAGAAUUAAAAAGAAAAAAAAGAAAAACACACAAUUCAAAAAUACACAAUACAUAAUACAAAAAGAACAAAAAACAAAAGACAAAAAAGAAAACAAUUAAAAACAAUGCCACCUUUUCAUCACCACUUUUAAAUUUACUUAUUUUCUGGACUACCUCAUACCUCCCUCUUUUGUAUUCCAGUUCAAUUUUGUUUGUCCAGCAAUUUCUUUCCCUCUUUUUUAAUCCCAGUCCUUAAUCUUAAUAUAAUAUAACAUUAAAUUUUUACCUCUUAAAAGCCAAUUUUCUAUUUCUUUUAACUUUUUUAAUCCUAAUCCUUAAUCUUGAUCUAUAUAUAACUUUAAAGCCUGUAUAGCUAGAAGCCACUUAAUUUCAAUCCAACAUCACUCUAACAUUCUUUAAUUUUGCAAUGUUUCUGCUGGAUGAGCAAGACUUUGAGGCUCUGACGCUUAAAUAAAACCUGUUAAUAAAUCCUAUGGGCAGAUAAAAAUACUUCUCUGAUAGGAUACCAGAGCUAUCUCAGGCUGAAGGUAUCAUCCAAGGGGGCCCAGCCUGGCUUGCUGAGAUGACUCUCUUCUCUGGCUUUCUCCCCUCAUGCUCCAACUUCCUGGAGGGGCCUGGCACAAUGAAGGGGGCAAGUGUAGCCCAUCUCUUCUGCAGCCUGUCAGUAACAGUACUGAUUUCUGCAUUGAAGGUUUUGAUGUUGCAAAGACUGGCGAUGCCCGAAUUGGUUUUGUGGGCUUCCCAUCCGUGGGGAAAUCCACUUUGCUGAGCAACCUUGCUGGAGUCUACUCGGAGGUUGCUGCCUAUGAGUUCACCACGCUGACCACGGUGCCUGGUGUGAUUCGAUACAAAGGAGCAAAAAUACAGGUGAGCUCUCUAGAUCUGGGGUGGGAGUGUAUGUGAAGGAUGGAAUAUCUGAAAUAUGUAUGAAGGGCCAAUUUUUUUCAGUACAUUUCUGGUCCAGGUGGGGAGAUUUUUCCUUUUGUUUAAUUAGAGCUAAGUCUGUACAUAAAAGUGGAUCUGCUUAUUACGAUGGGUAUCAGCUGACUUCGGAAAAGUCAAGCCCUCUAGCACAGUAUAUUCUAGCUAUACCAGGAGCAGCUUAACAGGAUGCCCUCCAGGGAUUGUGAACUACAACUCCCAUCAGCCCCAGCCAGCAUGGUGAGUGGUAAGGGGUGAUGGGAGUUGUAACCCAACAAAAAAUUUCUAGAGGGCACCAUGAUGGCUGCUCCUGAUCUACACUGUUUGGCAGCAGGUCUCCUGGAGAUGCUUAUGAUGGUAUCACCUUUUGUCAUUAGUUGUACAGGCACAAAGGGUGACAAAUAUAUAAGAGUUAGAGUUAAAUGGCAACGGAAUGCAAAAGUACCGUCUCUGACACUUCGAUUAGAGCUUAAAUGUAGGCAAAACAGACCAGUAGUAAUCGGUGACAGAUUUCCUCAGCAAAGCUAAGAUUAUUGUGUUAUUUACUGUCAUGGAACAGGAAACCAUUGCCUCUAUUCAGACUCAGAUGAAUGAAGCUGAUCAAUAUUGUUAAAAUGUCCUCACAGCUUUCUCCACUGCUGGUGGAUUCUGGCUUGCUGAUUUCUAUAUAAUGGGUUUCUUUCCUCUUCCUUAAAUACUACAGCUUCUGGAUCUUCCAGGAAUUAUUGAGGGUGCAAAAGAUGGGAAAGGUCGCGGUCGCCAGGUCAUUGCAGGUGAGGUUGUAGGAUCAGAGAAGGAUCAGAAAUCCUUCUUCCCUAUCCAUCUUUUUGUGCUUUUGAGAGGGAGGAAUCUUUACAGAUAUCUUUCUUGUCAUUUGAUAUGUUUUGUCCACUGUGCCAUACAUAUUUUGUGAAUGUUUCGUCUCCAUAGAAAGCAGAGGUUUGACUUUCCAGCUUCCUUUGCUUGAUUUAAAAAGCAGAAUUUAUAAGGCAUUCUGGCUUAGAGAAGCAGAUUGCAAAACAGGAGUGAGAAGUGCUUGGCACAGAAUGCAACUCUUUCUUUCCAACCUCUUUGAAGAAACGGAGCGAGCGUCUUUUUCAAUUCUCUUCUUUCUUCGCAGUUGCUCGAACCUGCAACCUUAUUCUGAUAGUCCUGGAUGUCCUGAAGCCCCUGGGACAUAAGAAGAUAAUUGAGAAUGAGCUUGAGGGCUUUGGGAUCCGACUGAACAGCAAACCUCCCAACAUUGGCUUUAAGAAGAAGGACAAAGGAGGCAUCAAUCUCACAGCCACUGUAAGCAGGCCUGGGCAGAAAGUGUGUGCGCCUCCUGCCUUGUCACUGUGACAAGGAGAGAGCUCUUUGGAUAAUCUGAAUGCUCUUCUGGCUGUGCCUGAGUAGUUUUGGAAGAGAGCUAUUUAAUUAAUUACAUUUAUCUGGGGACAAUCCUUGCUGAUCUGGACAAGGAUCCCAUGGCUUUGAAUGGGGCCUCGCUUUGACAUAGAUUUAUUUGUGAGAACAGUUAGAGACUUUUCCUUGUUGCAAUGGAAAGGGAAGUAUGCUGUGCCAUUAGCUGCUGGAAUAUGGCUAGUUGUACAGAGAUGAGAGUCUCAUCUGUUGCUCCACCCAUUUUUGCCUCUGGCUCUGCCCAUCACUGAUGUGAAGCCCUCUGGCUGAGAAAGAUUCCUGUCUGAUGGUCUGAAAGGUUCCUGUCUGGUAGGAUCUUCAGAUCUGUAGAGCUGGGACUUGCUCACUAAUUUGGUUACCACAAGAAAAGAACGGAAGCUUCUUCAAAUAGCUCUAAUGGAAUAAUAACAAACCCAAAUCUGCUGGGUUCUCCAGAGUUACUCACCUCCUGUAUAUCUGAACGAUUCUUUUGUUCUUCCAUUAGUGCCCACAGAGUGAGCUGGAUACUGAAACUGUGAAGAGCAUCUUGGCGGAGUAUAAAAUUCACAAUGCUGAUGUCACGCUGCGUAGUGAUGUUACAGCAGACGACCUCAUCGAUGUGGUUGAAGGAAACAGGUAGUGCGGUGGGGCUUGUGAAUCAGACUGGAUGAUGAGGUUUACAAGGCUCUUGGGGUUGCUUAUACUGUGUCGCAGAUGCCUUUCAAAUUCUUCAGGGAAUCAAAAUCCAGUGUGCGUUAUAUAUUGUGCAAAGCAAGCACUUUUAUCAUUAUGAAUGCAGGCUGUUUGGGAUGUGCUGGGGGUUGUGUUGUGGAUUUUGUACUUUUGGAAAUCCACUCUUGAAGAGGGUCUGAUUUGUGAGGAGGCCGCCUGCCUUCUCGCUCGAUUCUAGUAGCAAGGAGCUGUGUAAUUGCUCUUGUAACUGCUGAAAGGUGUGGAAUAGUUUUCUCGAUGGAAGACCAAGAGUGCAGGAUGGUCUUCUUUGUUUUGGGACACUGGAAUAAGUGCCAAAUCUUUGUGGACACAUGUGGGCAUAGUAGUUCGGAUGUACCGUAUUUUUCGCCCUAUAGGAUGCACUUUUUCCCCUCCAAAAAUGAAGGGGAAAUCUGGGUGCGUCCUAUGGGGCGAAUGCAGGCUUUCGCUGAAGCUUGGAGAGCGAGAGGGGUCGGUGCGCACCGGCCCCUCUCGCUCUCCAGGCUUCAGGAACACAUCCGCAGCCUAGGCAGCCCUGCGGGAAGUGCCGCAGGGCUGUCUAUGCUGCGGAUAGCAGCCUGCUUCCCGGAGCACUGGGCGCGCUGAAAGCAGAGCGCCCGGCGCUUCGGGAACACAUCUGUAGCCUAGGCAGCCCUGCGGGAGGUCCCGCAGGGCUGUCUAUGCUGCGGAUAGCAGCCUGGCACGAGGGGCGCCCUGAAGCAGAGCGCCCUGCAUGCCGGACAGACAUCGGCCAGCCCCACAAGCUCGGGGGACAGCAAGGAGGCGCAGCACCACCAUCCCGCUGUUCCUCGACCUGGUUCGGUUUCCCCAACCUGGUUUUGGGGGGGAAAUAAAGGAAAAAAUUUUUUCCUUUAUUUCCCCCCCAAAAAACUAGGUGCGUCCUAUGGGACGGAGCGUCCUAUGGGACGAAAAAUACGGUACAUAAUCUUGAGGGCUUAUUCCAAAAUACACCUGUCUUGUAACCAUGAUCAUUCAGGAGGGACAGUAGAGAGUAAUCACUAGUUUUUUAAAAAGAAAUGUGUGUUGUCGGUGAUAAUUUAUUCACUCUUACAGAGUUUACAUCCCAUGCAUUUAUGUGCUGAACAAAAUUGACCAGAUCUCCCUUGAGGAACUAGACAUAAUUUACAAAGUGCCUCACUGUGUUCCAAUCUCUGCUCACCACCGAUGGAACUUUGAUGACCUCUUGGAGAAGAUCUGGGACUACCUAAAACUUGUGCGAAUGUGAGUCAAGUGUUUUGCAUUGUCCAGGCUGAAAGCAUCUCUGGUUCCCAUUCACUUGGAAUUCUGCAGCUGCAUUUCCUUCCCCACUGUCCUGGUUUGAGCUGCUUGACUUGCAGGCUGGUCUUUGAAGUUGGCUUCUCUUCCUGCUUUCUUGCUGUAAUCAUGUUCUGUCCCAUGGUGCCACAUAUAAGCCCUAGAAUAGCUAUGUACAGUUGUCAACAAAACCUUUGUACAAUUCGGCAUCAUUGCAGUUUUCUAUGACAGGAUAAAUGUGGUAGGGUGAUGCCUUCAGUAAACAGAAUGGCCAUUCAUCGGGAAUGGAGGGAAUUGUGGAGGACAACCAAUGAGCCACUCCGUACUUUAAGGGCAUGUUUCAGUGCAAAAAAAUGUUAACUUUAUGCACAUUGAAAAUUGGCCUGACAUUGAGAAGAGUAGGCUAGGAUCUUUCUCUGUUCUCUGUGUGCUGGGAAUUUUUUAAUUUUUUGGGGGCGGGGUAACAGGUGAGCGUUUAUUUGUGCUAUCCCACCACAUGAAUUCUGAAGCACUACAGUUCAGACACAUGGAUUUAUCUCAUCUGUUUUCUGUUGCUGCAAAGCAGCCUUCACCAACUUUGUUGGAGAACCUAGAGAGCCAGUGUGGUGUAGUGGUUAAGAGCGGUAGACUCGUAAUCUGGUGAACCGGGUUUGAUUCCCCGCUCCUUCACAUGCAGCUGCUGGGUGACCUUGGGCUAGUCACACUUCUCUGAAGUCUCUCAGCCCCACUCACCUCACAGAGUGUUUGUUGUGGGGGAGGAAGGGAAAGGAGAAUGUUAGCCGCUUUGAGACUCCUUCGGGUAGUGAUAAAGCGUGAUAUCAAAUCCAAACUCUUGUGCUCUCCAGCUGUUUAGGGCAGCAGCCCUAGCCAGCAGCUAGGGAUUAUGGGAGUUGGAAAUCUGAAAACAUCUGGAUGGCACCAGGUUGGAGAAAAGUAUUCUAGAGGGUAUGACCUGAACCAGUGGGUUCAAAGUACAAGGAAGAAUUUCGAUAAAACAGUAGAAAUAACUUUAUGUCAGCACAAGUUAUUUGGAACAGCUUGCUUUAAUGGUGAUGGGGGACUCCCCUGCCCUGGAGCUUUUAAGCAGAGGCAGGCUGGCUGGCUUCCUAUUGGGGAUGCUGCAGUAGUUGGUGUCCUGCAUUAGAAGAGUGUUGGGCGAGAUGACCUCUGUAGUCAGUUGCAGCUCUAGAAUUCUGCAAACUAUUACAUACCCCUCCUUCCUGCCAAAGGAGCCCAAUGUGGCAAACACACAAAUAAUAAAGGCAAUUAAAAACAUCUGAAAACAAUUUUAAUACAGCUGCAAACUGGGAGAGAUCUCUUUUUAAAAGGCUUGUUGGAAAAGGAAGGUGUUUGAGAGGCGCCAAAAAGACCAUGGAGAUGGCCUCUUCCUAGUCAAGGCGACGGAGGCCUUAGAUGAUGAAUUUUUGCCCUGGGUAGAAGGGAAACCUUGUUUGAAAUGUAUCUGUGUUUUAACGUGCUGUAGCAUCUCCUUUUGAUGACUCUAAAUUUAAAUUGCAGUUACACAAAGCCCAAAGGGCAGCUACCAGAUUACAGCUCUCCCGUAGUCUUGCCUUACUCUCGGACCACAGUGGAGGAUUUCUGCAUGAAGAUCCACAAAAACCUGAUUAAAGAGUUUAAAUAGUAAGUACGGCCUACAAAGCAGCCAAUUUUCUCCCGCAGUCCUUGUAAUGUCACAGCACCAGGCGACAAAAACAUCAACUCAAGCUUCCUUUCAAGUAGAAACUGACUAGGCAUUGGGAAGUUCAGCAUUUCUGUGGGAAAUUAACUGUAGUCUUUUGUCUGAUCGUUUUUCUAUUCUCCUUGUAGUCUUAGACAGCCUCGAAAGCACUGGGUCACAAGUACCGUCUUUUUCGCCCCAUAGGACGCACCGCCCCAUAGGACGCACCUAGUUUUUUUUGGGGGGGGGGGAAAUAAAGAAAAAAAAUUAUUUCCCCCCCAGGCACGGGGCUGGCGCCAUGACCCCAGCCCCCAGAACAGCCUGCUGUCCGCAAGCCUAGGGAGCCGCGCCAGUCUCCCCAGGCUUGCGGAGAGCUGCGCAAAGCCCGGGCGCGCUCUUCAGCGCGCUCCAGGCUUCGGAAUGCAGGCAGCUCUCCGGGAAGCCCAGGAGCGCAGGCAGCUCCGCGCAACCCUCAGGAGCCCGGCGUGAAGGCACGUCGGUCUCCCGAGGGUUGCGCAGAGCUUCCUGAAGCCUGGAGAGCGAGAGGGGUCAGUGCGCACCGACUCCUCUCGCUCUACAGGCUUCAGCAAAAGCCUGUAUUCGCCCCAUAGGACGCACACACAUUUCCCCUUCAUUUUUGGAGGGGAAAAAGUGCGUCCUAUAGGGCGAAAAAUACGGUACAUGGCUUUUCAUUCAGUUUUGCAAAAAAAACCAAGCCUUUGAAGGAUAUUUCUCAUAGUACUAUCAUUGUGAUGGAACAACUUGUACUUUGUAAUUGAAAAGUGCAUCAAAGGGCAGGGAAGCCAUUGCAGCAGAAGGGAAGAAACAGUUCUUCAUAGUGGAAGAUAAGUUGCCCUACUGACCCAGAAAAUAGAUUGUUACAAUGACAUGCUACAUGGAGCUACCACAAAUACUGUUUGGAAGCUCAAGCUCAUGGAUAGGCAAACUAAGGCCCGGGCACCGGAUCCGGCCCAAUCGUCUUCUAAAUCCAGCCCGCGGACAGUCCGGGAAUCAGUGUGUUUUUACAUGAGUAGAAUAUGUGCAUUUAUUUAAAAUGCAUCUCUGGGUGGGGCAUAGGAAUUCGUUCAUUUCCCCCCCAAAAAAUAUAGUCCGGCCCCCCACAAGGUCUGAGGGACAGUGGACGGGCCCCCUGCUGAAAAUGUUUGCUGACCCCUGCUCUAGCUGCUGCUGGGCUCUGGAGUAGCAUGCAAAAUCCAAAUCAUAUUAUUCUCUGUGAACUGCUCUUGCUCCCAAUUCUGAGCAAGGUUUUGAUACCGACUUACAGGGUUCCAAAAAUGGCUGGGCCCCCCAGAUGCUUGAUGGGGCACAUCUGUUGGUAUCUCUCAGGCCACAAGUUGAGAUCUUUGGAGUAGGCUUCUGUCAUUUUGGGCAAAUAAAUAAUAAUAAUAAUUGUACCACACUCAUCUGGCUGGGUUUCCCCAGCCACUCUGGGCGGCUUCCAACAAACAUGAAAAAUACAUUAAAAUGUCACACAUUAAAAACUUCCCUGAACAGGGCUGCCUUCAGAUGUCUUCUAAAUGUCAGGUAGUUGUUUAUCUCUUUGACAUCUGAUGGGAGGGCGUUCCACAGGGUGGGUGCCACUACCGAGAAGGCCCUCUGCCUGGUUCCCUGCAACCUCAAUUCUUGCAGGGAGGGAACCGCCAGAAGCCCUCGGCACUGGACCUCAGUGUCCGGGCUGUAGCUUUGCUUCUCGCAAUGAGGGAACCGCCAGAAGGCCCUCUCGGUGCUGGACCUCAGCGUUCGGGCAGAAUGAUGGGGGUGGAGAUGCUCCUUCAGGUAUACUGGGCCAAGGCCGUUUAGGGCUUUAAAGGUCAAUACCAACACUUUGAAUUGUGCUCGGAAACGUACUGGGAGCCAAGGUAGGUCUUUCAAGGCCGGUGUUAUGUGGUCUCGGCGACCGCCCCCAGUCACCAGUCUAGCUGCCGCAUUCUGAAUUAGUUGUAGUUUCUGGGUCACCUUCAAAGGUAGCCCCACUUAGAGCACAUUGCAGUAGUCCAAGUGGGAGAUAACUAGAGCAUACACCACUCUGGCGAGACAGUCUGCUGGCAGGUAGGGUCUCAGCCUGUUUACCAGGUGGAGCUGGUAGACAGCUGCCCUGGAUACAGAAUUGACCUGUGCCUCCAUGGACAGCUGUGAGUCCAAAAUGACUCCCAGGGUGCACACCUGGUCCUCUGGGGCACAGUUACCCCAUUCAGGACCAGGGAGUCCUCCACACCAGCCCGCCCCCUCUCCCCCAAGAACAGUACUUCUGUCUUGUCAGGAUUCAACCUCAAUCCAUUAACCGCCAUCCAUCCUCCAGCUGCCUCCAGACACUCGCACAAGACCUUCACCACCUUCACUGUUUCUGAUUUGAAAGAGAGGUAGAGCUGGGUAUCAUGCGCAUUGAUGGAAACCCAGUCCAAACCUCCGAUGAUCUCUUCCCAGUGGCUUCAUGUAGAUGUUAAAAAGCAUGGGGGAGAGGAUGGAACCCUGAGGCACCCCACAAGUGAGGGCCCAGGGGUCUGAACAGUCAUCCCCCACUACCACUUUCUGGACACGGCCCAAGAGGAAGGAGCGGAACCACUGUAUAACAGUGCCCCCAGCCUAUGCAGGACAUCCUUGAUUUUAUGAAAUUUCCUGUUACUGAAGAUGUGUCAGGUGUCAUUAUCACUUGUUCUGUCAUUUCCUGAAGGUAGGCUGAUCAUGUCUGUUGGAUGUAUUAUCUUACUGCUGCUUUGUAGUUUUUUAAUAGCCAAAACUAUUUUAGAAGUGUUUUGUUUGCUGCUUGUUUUAUAUUUUAUUUGUGAGGCACUCAAGAGAAUUAAAGAAUAGUGGCCAAGAGAGAUUAGUGAGAUUCUCUGACCUGUAGAGAGUUUCUGAAUUUCUGGGGAAGCCUCACUGCUGCUGGUCUAUAUAAACUGUGGAAGUGUAGUGUCUCAACUAAACGCUUUUCUUUUUCAGUGCACUUGUGUGGGGCUCAUCGGUCAAGCACAACCCACAGAAAGUUGGAAAGGAUCAUACCUUGGAGGAUGAAGAUGUCAUUCAGAUAGUGAAGAAAUAAAAAGCUCUACUGGGCAAUUAGUCAUGACUCCUUCUCCUCAGUGACUGUUCAGAAGCUUGUUCUAUUUGCUGGAUGGUUGGAUGUGUGUGUGCUCAUUCCUAUCUUAAUCCUCCUAGGAAAGUCAGGUGUAUUAGCCAUGGGAGCAAUGAAAAUCUGUUUACUGUGUGAGGCCUUGGUCUCUAUUGCUGUUUUGACUGACUGCACAGCCUCACACUAGGGCAGGGGGAAGCUAACCUGCGGCUCCUCGCCACCCACAGCUAGACUGUAGCUCCAAGCAGCCAGCCUGGCAAGGGGGAGGCACAGCCCAGCAGCUGGAGGUCCACAGCUUCCCCAUCCUUGCUGUAGUGUAGAUAAAACAUACAAGGAAGAAAAUGUGCAAGCCUUCUGCGUUGCUUUGUGCAUGAGAGGCAAUCAAAACUAGCAUUCUUGUCAUUAUAUGCUUGUGUAAAUAAAGCAUGCAGAUAAAAACUCGAAUAUUAAUUCCGGAAUGGUGCUCAUGCCCAGAACUUAAACAGUGUAUGUGUAUAACAAGCUUUUGCGAGUAUGGGUUAAGAGCUUUGCUUUUUUCCACCUCACUCUUCCCCCCGGGGAUUUUAAGACUGGCACCUCUCAUUGCCGUUUGAAAUACCUAGAAAUGUUUUCUUCAAGCUUUUCCAAAAUUGACACAGCUUUGUACAAAAGGCAUCUCUGGUAUACCAGUGAUGAUGAACAGCUGCCUAUAGAAAAACCCACACAUCACGUGUGUGCAGGAGCCCAUUCCUGCUCCCCACUGAAUGUGGCAUUUAGAUACAAGAGUUGCCCUGAUGGUGGUGGAGGUAGAAUUUUAACUAUCAAGAUUAGACAGCCAGGAAUAACCUUAUUCUCACGCCAGCUGCUAGAUGCGAAUGGCAUAAUUUAUCUGUGCAUUAUGUGAAGUUCUUCCUUUCUCACCAACUAGCAUCACUGGAUGAUCCCUACUUCUUCUAGUGUUUAUACAGUAGUAUCUUUCUUUAGUGCCCAAAAAACUCAGCUGCGCCUUUCAAUUAAAAAAUUGUUUCUAUUCCCUUGCUGCCACCAGGUGGAAUAGUGUUUGAAUAAUAAGUGAAAUGCGAGACAAUCUUAACAUGGGUGGUUAGGAGCAGGACUCUUGUUCCUAGCUGCUUCCAUGUCGUUUAAGGGGUCAAUGCCUGUAGCACACAACAGGAUUAAUUAUAGAGUAUUAGUUUUGAGGUGUCUGCCAAGAUUAAGCUAACACCAGGUGCAUUAACACCCCAUUAGGUAGUCCAAGC